CGUUGAAGCCGCCCACGCCACCCCAAAGGUGCCAACCCUGGGGGCGCCCACCUUAACCCCCCCCAAAGCCAACCGUUCCGGAAAGAGCAGAGCCAACGGUUCCCUCGGGCCUAACCUCCCCUUCCUUUGCCGUUGACGCGCCUCUUAACCUUCCUUCGGAGUCAAGGCGGCGGCGGCGGCGGCGCUUGGUCCCUCAGGCCCGCUUCCUCCGGCGUCGUUUAACGACUCGCCGCCUCGCGCCCGGCUGCCUCCUCGCGAGGCGCACGCGGCCCUUGGGCGGCCUGGCGCGCUUUCCCCCUCAGGCCUCCUCGCGGGGGCCCUUCUUCCUUCUCAGUGUAAGGCGCUUCUGGUUUCUUCUCCCCGAGGGCCGCGUUUCCCCCCUCGAAAAACGCCGCCGAGCCGUUUCCUCCUCCUCCCUCAGGACCGCUUUCCCCUGGGCUGUUGCUGCCCUCGCCUUCCCAGCCCGGCCCUGUAGUUGGAAAGGCCGCCGCUUCUUCGUGCCUCUCCUCAGAGGGGGGAGCCCACCCCCCUCCUCGGAUUCGGUCCCAGAUUUUUUGACUCCUCCUCCCCCAGCUGUUUCUGGACAGAUGAAAAGCUGUGAAUAUUUUGAGAUAUGGCAGGUAGGAGAGUUUCAUCUUUGUCAACAAAAUUUCUAGAUGUAGACCUGAAGAUUACUGACGUAAACUACCAUCCAAAAGAAGUUCUUGUGAAAUUUCAAGGCAGAUACAACACAGAUUGUGAGUUUGAUUACCAUAUAUUGCAAAAUGAAAUACAGCAGGUAUCCAAAGUGAAAGACAGUGUUGGGAUUGGCGAGUUUUGUUUAGUAGAAGACUCUGCUUGUGGAGAAUGGUACAGAGGAAGAGUAGUACAAAAGAAGAACUACAUCUAUGAAGUAUUUCUUAUGGAUAGUGGGAAAAUCCUGGCAGUUGAUGAGACACAUAUUGCUUCUGCUAUUGAUGAGUUGUUUCAACUUCCUCCCAAGAUGGUUUGUGGAAUUUUUGGAAAUAUACUUCCAAUUGAAGAAAAAUGGACUCCAAAAGCUCUGAAUUACUUUUCGUCAUUAAUAGAUUUGCAGAUUAAAGGCCAAAUACAAGCCAUUCUACCACACCAAACAUUUCUGCUUGACGUGCCAAAAAUCACUAGUGAUGUGGUUGAAUUAAAAUUAGGCAAACUUGUUGAUGGAGAUACAUUCUGUCUUAUUGUAGAAAUGUUAACUGAAUUGCCACAAGAGCUGCUUUGUAAACAGAUGCCAGACUUACUGCAACAAAAAUAUACGAGGCCGGAUUCUGUAUUAUGUAAUGAUCGAAUUCAAUCAGAAGUUCAACCAAUUAUGAAUAACCUUCAGCCGCUUUUAUCUGUUGGUGGGAUAGAGAAAGUAAAAAUAUCAGUGGCAGUCAGUCCAAGUAAAUUUUAUUGUCAACUGCUGCAAUACCAGGUGGAGAUGGAUGAGUUGACAGCAAACAUGUCUUCCUGUUACGAAACUAGUACAGAAAAUGUUCCAUCCUGUGAGAAUCUAGGAGUCCUCUGUGCAGCAAGACGGAGAAAUGGACAGUGGCAUAGAGGAGUGAUACAACAGCUGCUUUCUGAUAACAAAGUGAAUAUUUGGUUUAUGGAUUUUGGCAGCUAUGAAGCUGUGCCUUCCAGUUGUGUUUUAAAGCUUCAACCAGAAUUCAUGUCAGUACCUAGGUUUUCAGUUCCUUGUGCACUUUCCUGUCUUAGUUCUCAGGAUGAAACUGUAAGAAACGAUCAACUAAAAGAAUUCAAGGAGGCCUUGUUAAGACAAAGUGUUGUUCAUGCCCGCAUUGAUUUAUUCAAUGCUGAUGAACAUUUGUAUUAUGUUACACUUCUUAAACAAGAGUCUGCAAUGCAUUAUGAACAUCUACCACAGGGGAGUGAAUUGAUUCUAAAACUUGACCCAUCCUUUAAGACCAAAAAAUCCUGUACAGGUGAGGAUAUCAAAAUCUCUGAUACAGAUCCUGUUUAUGCCGACUCUGUUCAUAGGAAUACUGUACAAUCAGGAGAUGAUUCAGAUUCAAAAGGCACUCAUUUAAUGUGUUCUCCUUUAAGAAUUCCUUACAAGAGAGCAGAAAUGCAAAUCGGUUCUGUCUGUGUUGCUUUUGUGGUAUAUGUCUUGAAUCCAUCAAAUUUUUGGGUUCAAACUAUUGACUGUCGAGAUGAGUUUGAAGCCUUGAUGAAGAAAAUUGCAGCUGUGUAUGAUACAAGUGAAACUGUUGAUAAGAUUCUAGAAAACCCAGAACCUGGAAAACUAUGCUGUGCCCGGUAUAGUAAGGAUAUGCAUUACUACAGAGCUGUUAUCAGGGAAGUGAUGGACAAUAGUAUUGAUGUUUGUUUUUUAGAUUUUGGCAAUACUGAAACUGUACCACUCUUCAAUGUGAGAGUUUUGCUUCCAGAGUUUCUAGAAUUACCAGCUUUAGCCGUUUGUUGUUCACUUGCUAACGCAUUUCCAAUCGAGGACAUAUGGAUUAAAAAAGAAACUGACUUCUUUAAAAGCAUUGUGCUCGACAAACCGCUCACACUGCAUGUAAUUGCACAAAAAACCAAUAAGUAUAUUGUCAGUGUGCAGUAUAUGAAUGACUCAGAACAAACUGAUGUUGUUUUGUCCAUGGUUCAGGCUGGAUAUGCGGAAUAUUGGGAAGUAAAGCAAGAUCCCUUUCAGAACAUUGUGGGAGAUUCUAAAAUGCAAUGUUUAAAACAAAAGAUACAUAAAAAGAGUUGGCAGAAGAAGAAUAAAUUGCGGAGUCCUCGGACAAAAGAGCAUGCUGUUACCUUCCCGCGGUGGGAAAACACUCUUUCAGAUAAAUUGGGAAACACAUCUGGGAAAGGUGAUACCCCGAAGCCUUAUAAGGAGUAUCGGUUUAAACCAGGAACUGUAUUUGAUGUCGUAUGUUGUCGUAGUACGUCACCAGGUAACUUUUUCUGUCAGAUGCGAUCUAAACUGCCAGAGCUAUUUAACUUGAUGCAACAAAUUCAGUAUUAUUACAACACUCAAAAAAGCCCAUAUGAACUUGGACAACAUGCCUGUGUUGUGAAACAUUCUAAGGAUGGGAAGUGGUACAGAGCUGCUGUACAGCAACAUGUGUCCGAGACAGAAGUUGAUGUAGUAUUUGUAGACUAUGGUAACCAGGAAAGAGUUUUGUCAAAAGACCUCCAAGCUAUUCUUCCAGAAUAUCUGGUCUUAGAAUGUCAAACAUUCAGAUGUUGUCUUAAUACGGUCACUGAAUCCUUAACGUUUGACCCGUACAAUUGGACUGCAGAGGCAUGUAGAGAUUUUGAGCGCUUUGUUUCCUCUUCUAAUGAUCUGCUGACCUGUACGAUUUCUGCCCUAAUUCUUCGGAGCCCCAACUAUUUAUAUAAUAUUGUUGACUUACAGACUCCAUUCACUACUUCGCAGCAGUUUCUCUUAGAAUGUGGUCAUGCCCAGUCUCGCUCUUUUGAAUUCGCAAGGUCCCUUGUUCCGCCAUUCUCUCUGUACACAUUUUACUAUUCAUCUUUUAACAUGAAAAUUGGAAACGAAGAAGGGGUUUGUAUAACACAUAUAUACAGCCCUACAAAAUUCUAUUGCCAACUAAACAGAAAUGUAGGUGCUAUAGACAAACUGUUUGAAAAGAUUGCAGAGGUUAGUCAAAUGACAGGCUAUACAGACCAGCUAAACACUUGCAAUUUAUACUUAGCAAAAUAUUUUGAAGAUGGCCUCUUCUACAGAGCUUUAGCAUCUCCUAUGGGCUCAUCAGAUUACUUGCAAGUAUACUUUGUAGACUUUGGGAAUAAACAAUCAGUAGCAAAAAGAGAAAUGAUUCCUAUUCCAAAUCAUGCUUCAGAAUUAUUAUUUACUCCUAUGCAAGCUAUCAAGUGUUACCUUUCAGAUCUAAAAGAUGUUGAAAUUACAACUGAAAUAAAUACAUGGUUUGAGAAGAAUUACUCGGGGAAAGAAAUGAAGGCGGUAAUCGUAUCUAAGGAAUCUGAUGGGCAGCUUGGUGUGGAGUUGUAUGAUGGAGAUCUACAGAUAAAUAGGAAGAUUAAAGAAUUAUUGAAGCACACACAAAAAUAUGGUGUUGACCCCAAAAUUAUAAACACACCUGCAGAAAAGACUGUUGGAGACAAAAACGUGUUGCAUAAAGUCAAGUCAGAACCAGUUAAAAGAAAAAUUAAAAAUGAAGUAGUUGGUUGGAAGAGAGAAGCAGAAAAUGAAGCAAAUCCUGGCCAUCAGAGUGCUGGAAAAGAAAUUGCAAUUGAUCUGCAGAAACAGAGUACAAGGUCUGUAAAGCUCCCAGCAGCCUCAGAUAAUACAGAAUUGGCCUUGCAAAGCAAUCCGAGACAGAGAUGCAGAGAUACAUAUUGUGAAUCUUGGCCUGAGUGUGAUAGCCCUCCUCGGGGUUUGAAGAAGAUGCCUCCAGAUAAAGAGUUGCAGAUCUUGAAACACAAAUAUUUUGGAGAAGAAAGGUGUAGUGGUACCAGGAAAAAGUACACAAACCUUCCGCAGCCUCAUAUCCAGGCAAAUUCCAAAAUGUUAGUUUAUAUUUCUUCUAUAACUAGCAUGUCAAGUUUCUAUAUUCAUCGUGCUGAGGAUGAGAAUGAAAUUGUGCAGCUUGCUGAGAAGCUGAAUGGAGACUCACUGGUUCUAGAGCCAGAAACACAUGCCGAACUCGAGGAAGGUGACAUGGUUUUAGCAGAGUAUGAAGCUGAUUGCUGCACAUAUAGAGCUGCCAUUAGAGGUAUUAAAUCAGAAAAAUCUUUUGAAGUAGAGUUCAUUGACUAUGGUAACUCAUCAACUGUGAAUGCAUCAAAAAUAUACAAGAUGGAAAAGGUUUUCUUAAAUUUUCCAAGAUUCAGCAUACACUGUUUUCUUAGCAAAGCAAGAUAUGCAUUUCCAGAUAAAAGUUGCAGUAGCGAUAUGGCUGCCUGCAUUGCCAGUAAAGUAAAUAAUCAACUAUUAGCGUUAGAGUUUUUACAACAGCAUGGUGAACAGUGGGAGGUUGAUGUAUUCUGCCAUGAAAUGUCUAUGAUCAAUGAGUUAAGUUUACAGAAUAUGAGUCUGUUACAUCUUGAUGAAGUCGUAAAACAUCUUCCAAUAACAGAUGUAGUUACUGAUGGUAAUGACCAAAGUAAAAAAUCAGAAAGCCGAAAUGUGUCUGAAGUAUUAAUAAAAGCUGGACAUCCCUGGGAGAGCCACCCUAAGAUUCCCUGCCAAAAAAUAAAGCCUGGACAGCUAGAAUUGGCUGAAAUAGGUCACAUUUCAAGAGAUGGACAUUUCUAUAUAAAAUUGAAGAAGGAUGCACAAAUAUUUUUUGACUUAAACGUGAUGACUACCCAAGAAGCUGAGAAGAACUCCUUGCUUGCAGUGGAAAAUAUUCAAGAAGGGUUAGAAUGUUUGACAAAAUCAAAAGAGACCUUGAAAUGGUAUCGAUCUGAAGUUAUUAAAAAGUAUGUGAAUGAGGGUCACAUGUUAGUUUUUUUCAUGGACUUGGGAGAAUAUGAAAUGGUGUCAUUUCAUGACACACAGAUACUUAGUGACAAGUUCAGGAGUAUUCCCCGGAAUGCAAUGCCUUGUAAAUGGUCUUGGGCUGAAAACCUAGUGGACAUGUCUCUUGAGAGCGUGUUGAAGAUUAUAAAAUGCCAUGAGAUCAAGAUCUUGUUUCUGAGAUACCUAGAAUCUACUUUUAUGUGGGAAGUGGAUAUUUUAAUAGAUGGGAUUCUGCUUUUGGAAUACUGGAAUCAAAGAUCUUACCAAAGGGUGCUGGAGAAAUGUAACUCACCAGAAAAUAUAAAAAUGAGCAAAACAAUGCCUACAUUGUCAUUCAGACCAAAUUCUGUUUCCUGGGCACCAUUCCAGAACGAUCGGUAUUAUCCUGGGUUUGUGACGUCUGUCACUGAUCCUUCAAACUUCUGUAUUCAGUUAGAAGACUCAUUUAAGUCUCUAAACGCUUUGUUCAAGUUACUCUCUGACCUUCCAGAAAACCUGCCUACAAUUCCACAGGAGCUUGUCGUUCCUGGUACCAGUUGUUUGAUAAAGAUUGGAUCUAAUGAAAAGUGGAACAGAGUUGAAGUUUCUGAAGUCUCCAAACUCUCUAAUCUCUUAAUAGUUACUUUUAUUGAUGAUGGGUUAUCAGUUCCCAUCCCCAUUUCUAAUAGUCACAAGCUGAAAGUUAUCCCAGAAGAGCUUGCAAAAUUACCUCGAUUAACUUAUCCUUGCUCUUUGUUUGGAGUGUCACCUGCUGAUGGGGAACACUGGAGUGAUGAGGCAAAGCUUAAAAUUCAAGAACUUCUUAGUAGACAAGGUCUCACAUUUAAGCUGAAACAGUGCCACAGUGGGCAGAAGCUAGAGGCUGUUGUGUUAUGUGACAAGAACAAUGCAGCAGAUAUAUUGGUUGCUUCCAGAUGUGCUGUGUAUUCAAAAACUCCAUAUUCAUUUGGUUCAAUUAAUAGUGCAGAGCUUCAUCCAUUGAAUUCACAGAUAUUAUGUGAUUCAUCACAAAUAUGCGGUCAGAAGAAUUUGAAUGCACAGAUUGCUCUGCUGUCAGUUGAGGGGGGAAAGCCACAAAAUUCAAGUUUGCAACUCAGUUGUGCUUGUGUUAAUGUUUCGAGAGGGAACAGCUCAAAAGGACUGUGUUCAAAGAGAAAAGAGUGGCACAAAGCUUGCUUGCACAUUAAUGGAAGAAUGACUGAAACUCGGCUUAAGUACGACAAGAGAUUUUGUGAGAGAGAAAGGCGACUGUAUAGUACAGGCAUACUGUCAGAAUCAAUCCACGAAAUGCAUGAUCUUAUGGGACUGAGCACCAAGAUUGAUGGGAUGCAAAUUUAUGAAGAGAGCCAAUCACAUGAAUGCUUCACUAGAAAGGUUAAAAACUGAUAAGAAGAACUUCAACAGUUGGAAACAAGUAAUGGAUCUGGAUGCCAGUCAGCGCAUCAACUUUCUUGAGAGAAAUUUUAAAAGGAAUUAUUUAAAAGGAAUUACACUUCCGUAAUCACAAAAAUAACAGCAACCCAUGAACCCGAAACAUUUGUAACAGGUCUACAAGGUUGACCUUAAGCUUGCAGCUUUUUGUUAAUUUUCUCUUGAUUUAAUAUUUGCUCUUGUAAUGAUCAAAAGGGAGUGGUAUCCUUGCCAACAAGUGCACAAUGGUCCUCUUACAUAACGUUUCACCACCAUUUUAUUUUAUUAUUGAAAUUUAUACUAAUACAUAACAGUCAUUUGUAAGUUUUGUCUGGUUUUCAAAAAUAACCAGCGUCAACCAACCAGAUUCUGAGACAUUGCAAUAAAUGUUCUACAUGGUUUGAUUGAUGUACUCAAGUUGGAAUUGCUCAUGUAUUGGUUUUCAUAAGGGAAAGUAGUGUGAGAAGCAACAGUUUUUUGUUUUGACAUUUGCUGAGUUUUGUGGGUGUUUUCUUUAAACACACUGUUAUGGGAACUGCGCCUACCAAGGACUGCCAGUCUAAUGUUUACCAACCAAAAAAGCUUGAUCUGACCUAAACUUCAUAGGAAGUUGGUCUUUUGAUUUCAGUGGAACUUAUUUCCAAGUAAGUGCAUUUGCUGAAUGCAAAUAUAGUUGCGAACUACCACACGUUUUGGCAUUUUCAGUGUUUCUUUUUACAAUCCUCUGCUUAACUCACACAUUAAUUAGGACCCAACACACACACACAUGUUUACAUGCAAAACAGUGUGAGCAAACUCCACAAUACAUUUUAUUGUGUGUGUGUCAUAUUGUAAUAGGAAAAGCUGUAAUACAUGAAUAUUAAGUUAUUAAGUCAUAAGGAAAAGUAGUGCUGAAUAUUGAUUUGUGUUUUAGCUGUCUUUCCUUUUUUAAUUUUCUUUGUGUAUGUUAUUUGAUUAGUCAUAACGCUGAUGCUUACAUCACACAGGUAUAAAUGUAUGUGUAUCAGGUGUCCAGGGAGCCUCAUACGUGUACCAGGGCACGCUGAAUCUCACAUUUCUACUGCUGAAAGUCAUGCUGCACUGGAUCCCAAUUGUGAAGGUUUCCCAACUUAGUGGAGUUCCAUUGAGAAGUGGAAGUUCUGCCUAUAGCUCAGUUUAUUCUGAGACACAUGUACACCUCUCCAGUCUGCUAAUAUACUUGAUCUGCAGCAUGUCUUAUAAUCUGCUGGUUAAUUUCCAGAAAUGGCUGGUAUAUUUUAACCAAUGAAUCCGUCUUGUUUGUGCCUAUGUGAUUUGUUUAACACAAUUGGCUUUAAAAGUGUUCCCACAUUUUUCUUUUGAUGGGACAAACAGGAGAUUGGUUGCUUCUGCAUCUUCAUCUAUAGGAACUAGAAUUGUGUGUUGAUGUACUAUCGUAUACGUCAGAAUUUUCAAAGUAAUCCAGUUGCUGGAUUUUAUUCAGCUACCAAUUUAGCUUGUAUGCUAGGAAAUAUGCAUGUAGCAUAAAAAUUAUGCACAUUCUUAUUGAACCUACUAGAAAAAAGCAGGCCUUUAAAAUUUGUAUUUUAAGUUUUGCAGGAUAUAUGUAAACUCUGUACAUACUUUGUUUACUGAAAUGAGAGUGCUCUUUUAUUUAAACUGAUGGUAACAACAAUAAAUCUGUGGUAAAGGUU